CCGAAACCGCAAACAGAAAUAUUGAAAUUAUUCCUUGAAGCAUCCGUCGAUUCACACGCUUGUAUGUCUGGAUAUUACGAUGACUUGUCCGCCGAUGAAAGCGUCGGCGGCGAUAGUAGCGAUAGUGAAAUCGACGAAACCGACAUUCAAGCACACAUCCGGAGUAUGGUAUGCUCAACGCCGUCUCCCCAGAAGCUUCUGGCACCCACCGUGGCCCAGAAACGACCCCGGGACAGGGAAACUAUUUCGAGAGUCAUUAUUCAUUUGGACAUUGAUUGUUUCUAUUGCCAAUGCGAAAAAUUGGACCGAAAUUUGGCGGAUGAUCGACCGUUUGCAAUCGGGCAAAAGCACAUUAUCGUAACGUGUAACUACGCUGCGAGGAAAAUGGGUGUCGGCAAGCUCGAGUCGCGGGAAAGUGCAAUCCGAAAAUGUCCAUCUCUGUUAAUAUUGGAAGGGUCUGACCUGGAACGGUAUCGAGUUUACGGACGCAAUGUCUACAUGGCUUUUCGUAGAGCUUGCCAGCAACUCGGUGGCAAGAAAAUGGCUGUUUGCAAAGGGUCUAUGGAUGAAAUGAUGGUGGAUCUUACGCACGUUGACUUUUUGGCAAAUACUAGAGAAAACGGCAACUCCUUGGAUCAAGUCUAUGUGUAUGGGAGCAGGAGCGGCGAAGCAACGACCUUGACGGAGGAUCAAACCGGUGCUACUGCUACCGUGGUGUACGACAAGACGGCCUCACGCGACACUAAAGAGACACGAUUGGUACGGAAACAAUAUUUCGAAGCUGCUAGUAUGGCGCUGGCCAUUCAAAACCAAAUCUUAGAGCAGACAGGCUUUACAACAACACUGGGCGUGUCGAACUCUCCGAUGUUGGCGAAAAUUGCGAGUGGACUGAGAAAACCCGCCACCGUCAAUAUUUUGUACCCAUGGGACGCGACCGAGCUUCUGGCAGGUAUGCCCCUUCGAAAAGUAUCCGGUUUUGGUCGACGAAUGAUGUACGCGCUACAUCCAUCCCUUGAAAGUUAUUAUGGAUCACUUAUUCCAACAGCUCGAUCCAAGUCAUCACCUUGUUGGACAUGUAGUGAUUUGCUACGGAUUCCUGUCGAAGAAGUUGCCAGUUGCCUUUGCACCGUUAACGGACUUGAAGAAAAGGCAAGCCACGUGGCCUUGGAGCUAUUGGAAAAAUGCAAAGGAAUUGACUCCAGCAAAGUGAUAGAUGACGAUGGAGGACUUUCGAAGACUGUUUCGGUGGAAAAUUCGUUUCGUCGUGGAACUGUGAGGACACUGAACGAUCUAAACCACGAGUUAUUGUCUCUUUGCAAAAGACUACCGCGACUACUGGACGAGCGGCUUAACUGUUCACCCUUCCCAAAGCGCGCGUUCCCUAGGACACUCCGUGUUACGGUCCGUUUCGUCAGCAGCCUGCGCCAGCAAGACGAUAAGGCACAUUCGCACACAAGGAGCAAACAAACCGCACUAGAUGGCUAUGCCUUCCUGUGCAAGCAAAACAACACAGCACAGGCUGCCUUCCUUAUUCAGAAUGCAAGUCCCAUGGUGAAGACCCUUGUGCAAGGAAGCACUGGACGCAUUAAUGUAACACGCAUGAACCUUGCCGUGUGCAACUUUUCUGAUUUAGAGGACUUAUCCACACCACCGACCUAGAGUCCGAACGAAAAGUCAACACAAAUGAUAGCUCAAGAGAACCAACGUAUAGUAUCGUUUUACAUUAG